UUUGCUAUUUAGUUCAUUUGUACGUGAUCCGAAAUGGUGAUACUCUUAGCAGUUCUCGUGACCUUUCUAAUUCUCUCCUACUUCUAUUCGACCAGGAACUUCGACUAUUGGAAGAAGAGGAAUGUGCCACAUUUCCGACCGAUCCCGCUUCUGGGCACCAUCCACUCGGUGCUGAUGCGGAAGAAGUCAAUUUCUCAGUACCUUUGCGACGUUUACAACAUGACCGAUUUCUGUUGCGGCGGCUUCUUCAUCUUUGACAAGCCGGCGCUGGUGGUCAAAGAUCCAGAUUUGGUGAAGAACGUUUUGAUGAAUGACUUCUCGCACUUUGAGGAUAGGAACACGGCCGAAAAUAAAGAGCACGAUUUACUCAGUGCGGUUUCGUUGUUAAUGCUGAAAAAUCAUGAGUGGGAGGAGGCAAGGUCGCGUUUUACCUCAACCCUGUCUGCGGGGAAGGUGAAGGCCAUGCUCCCCUUGGUGGCAGACACCGCUGACCGCUUCGUUGAGCACGUUAGGGACGUGGAACUCUCACGAGAAGUGACUGAAUGCCGCGAAUUGUCAAUUAAGUAUUCACUGGACGCGCUCUCGUCUUACGCCUUAGGAAUCCAAGCGAACUCCUUUCAGAACUCCGAUUUUUACCAGGCAGCUCGCAACUUACAAAACGCCACCUUCAGCCGCAUAGUGCACUCGAUUUGUUACUUUUUCGCGCACAUGUUCGUAAAGCCAUUCAGGAUGACGUUUUUGGAACCGGCAUCAGUCACAUUCGUCACCGAGGUUUUUAAGAAGAAUGUCAAACUGAGGAGGCAGGUGGAACACGCUCGCGCCGGCCUACUGGAGGCACUCAUUAAAAUGGAGGGAGAAUUCAAAGACUACAAUAUCGAUAUUCACGGCUUGGCGAUCAGUCUCGAGUACCUAACGGCCGGAUUCAUUUCCAGCGCCACGACCCUCUCCUUUAGCCUGUACGAUCUGUGCGUCAAUCCCAAGCAUCAAAUCCGCCUCAGAGGAGAGAUUCGCUCCGUGAUCGCCAAACAUGGCGGCUUAACCUACGCGGCUUUGCGCGAGAUGGAGUAUCUCGACAUGUGCCUGAAAGAGUCUCUCCGUAGACAGCCGAUUUUGGGCUUCCUCGACCGCCGCUGCACAAAAACCUACCAAAUUCCGAACACGGACAUCGUCAUCGACAAGGGGAUUCCGGUCUACAUUUCCCUUUACGGCUUGCACAACGAUCCCAACUACUUCCCCGAUCCGGAGAGGUACGAUCCGGAGCGAUUCUCGCCCGAAAACCGAGACAAACUGGAACGUUUCGCGUUCCUGCCCUUCGGAGAGGGACGACGCAACUGCAUCGGUGUCAAUUUUGCUCGCGUGAUAGUCAAAAUGGCGAUAGUGAAGUUGCUGUUGAACUUUGAAAUCGUACCAUCGAAGAGUACACCCGAAAAGAUUGUGUUAGAACCCAGCGGUUUUAUAACAAUCCCUAAGCACGAAGAGCUCAAUGUGCGUUUUAUUCAGCUUGCGGAUUUGCCAAUCCUUGUGCGUUGACUAAAAUGUGCGUUUUUUUCCGGAAUUUCUACCUCGAUAAAUAUAAUAGAUAACAAUAAUUAUCGGUGCAAUCCGUCCCGUUACACUAUCCCUUUCCUAUUUAAAAACCGUCCCGCCUUUGCCCUCAAAUAGGUGGGCAAGACUUGUAUUCCCCUUGUAUCUUUCUAUAGGUCCCAUUAAUCAAUUACCAUCAAAGACGCACCUUGACAGAAGGAAGACUGAAGCCGUAUAAAUCCAGUAAGGCAAUAUAUUCGAUCUCAUCAUCAGCUGGUGUAUAAAAGGAUAAGGUUCGUCUACAUGGUGAUCUUCCACCCGUCCUAAGAAAAAAACACUAGACUAAUAUAAACAAAGAAACUUAAACAAAUAAUUGAUAUUAUAAGCAUA